CGUUCGCUGUGGGCAAACGUAAAAAAAGACUAACCUGUCCCGCAAAACAUUUAGCCGAAGAAACCGAAGAAGAAAUAAAUUACUGAAAGUGGUUACGCAACGAGCACGUUGAACUUGAAGGACGUAACCAAAAACUUCUUGCGCGAAGCUUUGAUGAGGAAAAACAACUUCCUCGCGUACGAUCUUUGUUUACACCGAAUUCCAAUCUCUAAUCCGAGUGAAAGCACUAACUUUAAUUAGAUUUUUGCGGUCGUCUUCACCUCGAUCGAAACACCGGCCGAUCGAAAUCCAAUCGGACACUGCCAAUGUUCGAAACGUCGCGAUCCUCAAAGUGUAAAAUGGGACUUUCUUCGAUAGGUAAAAUGGAAAGUGGUCGGCCGAAAUUCAGGUGAGUGGACAUAAUUUUAGAGCAAGAUGAAAGUUAUUGUGCCUGUUGUUAAUUAAUGGACGAGCCGCGCGACCCCUCCUUUUUUAACGCACGUUAUGGGCCCGACAAGGAAAGGAGAUCGGGGUAAAUGCUCUGCUGCGUUUUUCAUUUACUUUCAAAGAGUCUUUUCCUUUCAUUUUAAAAUAAAAUCGGAAGAUAUAAAUACGGUGGCGAGUCAAUAAGAGAACUAAAUCUCGCACUGACUUCGGAGAGAGGUGUGCGCCAGUUUUGGGAUUAAGUGAGUUUUUUCGUCUGUACAAUGAUCAAUAGUCUCGCGUUAACUUCCUUGGGUUUAAUGGCGGUCGUCCAUAUGUGCGUCGCCGGAGGAGGUGGAGGUGAACACAAGAAGGUGAUCAUUCACGUGCCGUACAAAGUAAAAACGAUCCAUCAUACGCAUACGAUUGUGAAGCACGUCGGAGGAGGAGGACACGGAGGUGGCGGCGGAGGUGGUGAAUCGUUUAAGGUGAUCGGUUUCAGUGGCGGAAUCGAUGAGGGGCACGUUUUUACCCAGGGAAUCGGCGGAGGAGGUUUCGGUCAUGGCAUUGGGGGUGGCUUCGGAGGCGGUUUCGGAGGAGGGUUUGGCGGUGGAUGGGCUGGUGGAGCUUCUGAUGGGGGUAUUGGCGGAGGACAUGGCCCCGCGCUAUUAGCCAGUCAUGGUGGAGGAGAUAUCGGUGGUCAUGGCGGAGGUGCAGAAUUAGGGGGCGGAUAUGGAGGAGGAUUUGAAGGCGGAUUGGGGGGUGGUCAUGCUGCCAUUUCGUCAGGAGGUGACUACGGCGGCGGAUAUGAAGGAGGUUAUGGAUCAGAAGGAGUCCAGGCUAUCGGUGGUGGAGGUGAUGAACACCAUGGAUACGACUAACAAGAAAUCACUCACACCUCAAACGUUUACUAGUCUAACAGUAUAAUUUUGUACAUUUUUGUUGAUUUUAAAAGUUAUUUAUUACUGUCCUUUUUUUUAAAUAAAACAUAGUCCC